UGUCACGUGAUUCCUCAUCGGCGCCACAUACGCGCAUGCGCAGUGGGUCCCGGCCAGCGGCGCUGCUGUGGAACAACGCUGACCGCCAUGCCUCGCGUUUACAUCGGCCGCCUGAGUUACCACGUCCGCGAGAAGGACAUACAGCGGUUUUUCAGUGGAUAUGGAAAGCUGCUGGAAGUCGACCUGAAAAAUGGUUACGGCUUUGUGGAGUUCGAGGACACGCGUGACGCGGACGACGCCGUGUACGAGCUGAACGGGAAGGAGCUGUGUGGAGAGCGGGUGAUGGUGGAACAUGCGAGAGGACCUCGGCGUGACCGGGACGGAUACGGAGGUGGAGGAGGAGGAGGAGGUUAUUAUGGAGGCGGCCGCAGUGGCUACAGCAGCAGGAGUCGCUCGGGCCGAGAUAAAUACGGCCCUCCGGUCCGCACCGAGUACCGGCUCAUCGUGGAGAACCUCUCCAGCCGCUGCAGCUGGCAGGACCUCAAGGACUUCAUGCGGCAGGCGGGUGAGGUGACGUACGCUGAUGCCCAUAAGGAGCGCGCCAACGAGGGCGUGAUCGAGUUCCGCUCUCACUCAGACAUGCGCAGGGCUCUGGAGAAACUGGACGGAACCGACAUCAACGGCAGGAAGAUCCGGCUAAUCGAGGACAAACCGCGCCGCCGCCGCUCGUACUCCGGCAGCCGCUCCAGGUCUCGCAGCCGCCGGCGUUCCCGCAGCAGGAGCCGUCGGAGCAGCCGAUCCCGAAGCAACUCCAGGUCUCGCUCAAGGUCUCGUUCCCGCCGGCGCCGCUCUCGCUCCAGAUCCCAUCACAAGUCCCGUUCCAGGUCGGGUCGCAAGUCCCGCUCCAAAUCUCCCUCCAGCAAAUCUCGCUCUCGCAAAUCCCACUCUCGCUCUCGCACGCAGAAAUCCCGCAGCAGGUCUCGCUCUCGUUCCGGCGACCGCCAGUCGCGCUCCAAGAGCACUUCCAAAGUGAAGUCGGAGCGCGGCUCUCGCGGCCGAUCGAAAGAGAAAUCCACGAGUAAGAAAUCGCGCAGCCGCUCGGCGUCGCCUGCUGAGAACGGAAACGAGGAGCGAGCCAAAUCCGCCUCGCGCUCGCCGUCUCCUCCGGCCGAGAAGAGCGGCUCGAAAUCUCCUGAGCAUCGCUCUCGCUCUCGUUCGCGCUCCAAAUCCGGCUCUCGCUCUAAAUCCAGAUCCCGGUCCAGAUCCGCCUCCCAGGACUAAACCACGCGUGUUAAAGAGUGAAUUUCCGAACCGCACAUCGUGAUCCGGCUCUUUAAUUGAUUCCCGCCGGGUAGAGUAGAUGUUUUAUACGUGGCAUGAGCAGAAACAAGCGGAAUUAUGGAUCAUCAUCAUCAUCAUCUUUGUUCUCUGUGUAAAUGAGCAUAGAUUUAUUAUUGAAUGACGUUUCCAUGACUUGGAUCGCUCCACGUGCCCCAUAUUCCCGAGUCGGUUCAGGAGACAACGAAGCGCGAGAAGGCUAGCGAGGACGAGCUGAUGUGUGUUUGUGGUUCUGUGAUGUUCGUCAUUUAAACCCAGUUUCAGUCGUUAAUCCGUUUGGACGUCCACUGUAGAACUUUUUAAAUCAUUUCAGUCCAUUUUUAUUGUAUCUUUUAUUAAAAGUCCUCACUGAUA